AUGUCCGAUGCAGGUGAUACACGAACGCCUACCGAUAUCUUCCAAAGUCUUUCCCAAGGAACCAGCCCCAGCCAGGACAUUGAACAUCAAGCUUUGGAACAAGAGGUGAAAGACUACUCUGAAUUUCUGAAAGCCUACUACACAAAGUACCGACGGUUCACCAUUAUCUUGCAAACCAUACAAGAAUGCAUUGAAGAUGACAAUAAUCUCGAUCCAGAUUUGUGUGAGAAGAUUGAAGCAAUCAUAUUAACUGGUCAAGUGUCUCAAACAAGAUUAGGUGAAGAUUGCCUAGGUGAAUGUAUUUUGGGUGUCCCCUUGAAUAAUCUUUCAUUAAGCUAUCUGGAAAGCGAUAAACUAUGCAGUUACUUGAAGUCCAAGUUGCUGAGUAAAUGUGCAAAUAGACAUUAUUCAUUAUCAAAGAGUGUUGCUUCCAGCAAUGAGUCUCCUAUAGGACUAACCCUCAAAGAUACCUCGUUAUUAGAGUAUAGGAAUAAAUUAGCUAUAGAACAAGGAGCUUAUAUGAAAUCACAGACAAAGGUAUUAGAAUUGCUUGAAGAAUUAAUGAAUUUAAGAUUAAAAGUUGUUCCCGAACUGACACAAGGGAAAUAUCAAGAAAGUGAUUUGAAAAGUCGAGUGAAUAGCCUCAAGGCCCAACUUGCUAAAAACAAAUACAGAAUUGACGUUUUUAUGGAGACAAGAACAUCAUUGCAAGCUUACGAGGAGAUUAUUAAAGACCUGAGAGAUCAACAACAAUCUUGUUCAAAGGAAAUACAAAAACUGAAAGAUUUAAAGGAGAAAUAUGCAGAAGUGUCUUGUAAGGAGUAUGAUGAAAUUCUCAAAUCUUAUUUGCAGUAUAAAAUGUCUUUUGAAAAGAAAAAAACUAUGUGCGAAUUGUGUAGAUGA